GAGCAGUAGAAGGUAGAAGCAGUGUUGUUGCCACUGCCAGAGUGCCAGUUCCCCUCGAUUCCAUUCUGUUGAGUUGUGAGCGUUGUGAGUUGAUUCUGUUGAUUCUGUUCUCUUGUGUGCGGUGUCUCCUGGCGAUCGCUGCAGUUCCCAAGUGCUCCCAGUCCCCUGUUGACGCACACGCUGCCUUCACCAAAUAAAACCAAAUUAAAAUUCAACAAAUCACUCAACAAUUAACCCGAAUCCCCCCAAAAAUGUCCUCCCACCGACAGCGCAAAAACCCCUAAAAUACCCACCAAAAAGUCGUGCAAUAAAUAAUAAUAAAACAAACAAUCGGUUAAAAUCCGUAACAUGUGCCCCAAGUGUAAAGUCUCGAGCCACGUUAACGCUUAUCUCACAUACCGUAUUUUUACCAAUGGCUACCGUUAAUUAUAAUAAAACCAGUUAAUCCGCGUGUCGAUCCGACGAGUAACGAGUCAUCAGUAAUGAGUUGCAGUCUCAGUGAUAAUCACACAACCUCCUAGCAUGAUAAAUUCGUGGAGUUGUCAUUGAUAUUGAGGGGAUUAUAAUUAUUGGUUUUUCAAUCAGGGGUGAUUGUGAGUGGAAUGAUAUUUGUCGGCUCAUUUUCGGAGGAUCGGUCUGUUUGGUUGGGGAUUUUUGGUGGUGAGAUGAGGAUUUCUUGAGGGGGAUUUGAAAAAAUUUCGUUGGGUUUUUUUUUUUUCAUCUUUUUUUUUUACGUGGGAUUUUUUUGGGGCCUGAGGAGAGUUGAGGGGCCUGGCAAGAGGGCAUCGACGCCGGGACGCUUUGGCAUGUAUUCACUCUGAGAAUUUUAGGGGUGGGGAAGGUUUUGGGACUUGAGGAAUUCCGGGAAUUUUCACGGUUUAUUUUGGGGAAAUUGACAUCAUGAGUGUGAAGGCACAGGGAAAUGGGGGGAGUUGUGAAACUCUCGUAAGCAAGUGCGAAAUUCCCAUCAUCGAUCUUGCACACAUGGGGACUGAGAGAUGUCCUCAGAAAGGAGUUGUAAAGCAAGUAGCUGCUAAAUUGGUGAAGGCCCUCUCGGAAAAAGGACUUGCACUGCUCGUCAAUCAUGGAAUACCAGACUGCAAGAUGAAGGCUGUGUACAGAUCUUUGGACAGAUUUUGUGAAUUACCGAAGAAGUCACGCGAGAAGUAUGAGUUUAUAUCACCCUGCAGUCAUGGAUAUAAAAAACCUGAAACUGAUCAAUACAACGUGACUGAAAAGGAGGCGAGGCACGAAUACAUCAUCUGCGGUGGUGACAAUAACGUAAUGCCAGAUGACGAUGUUCCCGAUUUUCGUGCUACUGUUGACGAACUCGCCAAGGACAUGAAACAACUCUCGACAAUGUUACUCGCCGCCCUCUCCAUCGGCUUGGAACAGCCUGGAGACUUUUUCCUGCGUAAACACUCGCAUAUUUUGGAGGAUGGAAAUGAUUCUACCAUGAGAAUCAUUUAUUAUCCACCCUCCGCUCUUUCGGAGUCAGGAACUAUGCGUUAUGGGCCUAGAUGUGACUGUGGCACUUUCACCUUGAUUGCUCAGGAUUGCGAGGGUGGUCUGGAGAUCCAGUCCCCCAAUGGUGAGAGGUGGGGCAGAGUGGGUCACUUACCAGGGGCUAUUCUCGUAACCACUGGUGACAGUUUAGCCAGAUGGACCAAGCAGCAGUUACCUUCCCUGAAACAUCGCGUUGUGGUCCCCGAACAUUGCGGCCGAGGUCGUCACUCGAUAGGAUUCUUCAUCCACCCCGACGAUAACGUUAUCAUCGAGCCAUGCGACACCCAGAUAUCAAUUCCAUCCCAGGAACCAACCAUUUGUCGUUUGCAAAAGAAGAAACGAGGAGUUCUCACAGCAUAUCACCAUCUCCAGCGUCGCUUCCGUGAAACUUAUGCUUCAUGAAGUUUUUCAAAGUAUUACGGGGGCAUAAUGGGUGACCAUGCAGCGGCCAUGCUCUUAUGGUAAUAGUAAAGAGAUUUUUUUUAGGAAAAAGUGAUAAUUCAUUCUUGUGAAUUUGUUUUGUGAUCACUGAUGAAGAGAAAAAAUGACUAAUCCCCAGGUCAUGGGGAUUUAAUGAUCGAUUUUUCGGAAUUUUAGGGAAAAAAACUUAUGCAUCUCAUGGUAGAUCUUUGUCAAUUGUAAUUAUAUAAUUAUAAUUGAUUUUAAAAUCAUUAUUAGGAGUGGGAGGAGGUGAAAAAAUUGUCAAGUUUUAUGGGGGAGUACAAAAUGAGCAAUCGAUUUUCGUUCAAAUUUUGAAAUCACAUGUAAUUUUUCACGAAAUAGUUUUAUUUUCAUUGAAGAGUAUCGAUUUAUCUUGAAGACUAUUGAAUUAAAGUGGAAAUGUUAAUGGCCAUUUUUGUGGCCGAUUAAAUUUCGCAAAAAAAUCAGGUGUUAAGAUCCAUCGGCAUUUAACAAAACUGGAAUUCCAUUUAUUUUGUUUCACCAUUUACUAAUUUUAUUGUCUUUUUUGCAAGGCUAGACAGUUUAAUAGACCAAUUUAUCGCUAAAAGAUAGCCGACAUCUCCAAAUUACCAUUCAUGAGUUACUCCCUUCGAAAUACUUCCACUUAAUAGAAACACGUUGACAAUAAUUAUCAUUAAUGAGUAAUUGAAUUUUGAUAGGACGAAAUUGCCUUGGCCUUUUUUUUCUUAAACGUGACUCACAUGUAUGAAAUGACAUGUGUCCUCAGUGGAAUAAUAAAUCAAUUUGUACUUAA